CACAAAAUGGCGGCGGCGGCGGCGGCGGCCGGAGCUCCGGGGUCGGCGGUCCCUGGGACGGCGGCCGGCACCCCGAGCUCGGGGGGCGCCGCGUCCGGGUCGCAAGGGGUGCUGAUCGGGGACAGGCUGUACUCUGGUGUGCUCAUCACCUUGGAGAACUGCCUGCUGCCAGACGACAAGCUCCGCUUCACGCCGUCCAUGUCGAGCGGCCUCGACACCGACACGGAGACCGGUCUCCGCGUGGUGGGCUGCGAGCUCAUCCAGGCGGCCGGCAUCCUGCUCCGCCUGCCGCAGGUGGCCAUGGCGACGGGACAGGUGCUGUUCCAGCGGUUCUUUUACACCAAGUCCUUCGUGAAGCAUUCCAUGGAGCAUGUGUCUAUGGCCUGUGUGCACCUGGCUUCCAAAAUAGAAGAGGCUCCGAGACGAAUUAGGGACGUCAUCAAUGUGUUUCAUCGCCUUCGACACCUGAGAGAAAAAAAGAAGCCUGUGCCUCUUCUCUUGGAUCAAGAUUAUGUYAACUUGAAGAACCAGAUCAUAAAGGCAGAAAGACGAGUCCUCAAGGAGCUGGGCUUCUGUGUCCACGUGAAGCACCCUCAUAAGAUAAUCGUUAUGUACCUUCAGGUGUUAGAGUGUGAGCGUAACCAACACCUGGUCCAGACCGCAUGGAACUACAUGAACGACAGUCUUCGCACGGAUGUCUUUGUGCGGUUCCAGCCUGAGAGCAUCGCCUGUGCCUGCAUCUACCUCGCUGCCCGGACGCUGGAGAUCCCUUUGCCCAAUCGUCCCCACUGGUUUCUUUUGUUUGGAGCAACUGAAGAAGAAAUUCAAGAAAUCUGCUUAAAAAUCCUGCAGCUUUACACACGGAAAAAGGUCGACUUAACACUCUUGGAAAGUGAAGUGGAAAAGAGAAAGCAUGCUAUUGAAGAGGCAAAGGCGCAGGCCAGGGGCCUGCUGCCUGGGGGAGCCCCAGUAAUGGACAGCGCUGCAGGGUUCUCACCUGCCCCCAAGCUGGAAUCCCCCAAAGAAGGUAAAGGAAGCAAGCCUUCCCCAUUGUCUGUGAAGAAUGCCAAGAGAAAAGUGGAGGGCAGGAAGAAAGCUGAGGCCGACAGCCCCGUGAACGGCUUGCCAAAGGCACGAGAGAGCCAAAGCCGGAGCAGGAGCCGUGAGCAGAGUUACUCAAGGUCCCCAUCACGGUCUGCUUCUCCCAAGAGGAGAAAAAGCGACAGUGGCUCUACGUCUGGCGGGUCCAAGUCACAGAGCCGCUCUCGGAGCCGGAGUGACUCCCCGCCAAGGCAAGCACACCGAGGUGCUCCCUACAAAGGCUCUGAGAUGAGGGGCUCCCGGAAAUCCAAGGAUUGCAAGUACCCCACCCAGAAGCCACACAAAUCCCGGAGUCGGAGCUCAUCCCGAUCUCGAAGCCGCUCACGGGAACGGGCAGAUAAUUCUGGAAAAUACAAGAAGAAAAGUCAUUACUACAGAGAUCAGCGGCGGGAGCGUUCAAGGUCAUAUGAACGCACAGGCCAUCGCUAUGAGCGGGACCACCCGGGACACAGCAGGCAUCGGAGGUGAGGUGGGUCCUGCAUGGCUGUCCUGGACCCUCCCAUAGGGCACAUGUGGCUCAAGUGGCCCUGUGGCCAUGAUAGUUUUUGGAAAACUUUUUUGACUCUGGACCUUGAGAUGCAUUUGGAAAUGGAUUUGAGGGGGUGGCAAGGUGCCCUUAGGGUGGCCUGGGGCGUGGCACACACCUGUCCCAGGUGAGGUCCUCCUCAGCUGAGCCCUGUGGGCGGCUCCUUGGGAAAGCAGAGGCACACAUCCUGUUGGCGUGGCUGGGUGCUAUCGACAAGCUGUUCCUUCACUCCUGUACUGAUGCUCAAUUACGUUAAGCCAAGAAAGAUGAUUUUUAGAACCUUUGCCUAUAUUAGGUUGUACUUAUGUACAUAUUUUGCAGUGUUUCACAAUGAGAAAAUGGCCUUAAUAGCCCUUUAUUCUCUAUCCACGUUGUAAAUAAACAUGUGUUUAAUACAAGGAAAGCUAUGUAUGAAAACUCAGAACUGGAAUUCUGCCAGCUUAAAACUUGUGUAGAGAAUUCUGAUUUUUAAAAUGUGAAGGUAUUUAGGUCUGUGUUGAAAGUCGUAUAUUUUUAUCUGUGCAAUGCUGUGUGCUGGCCACCAGCUCCCAAAUAGAGAAGUUUCCUAUAUAUGCAUUUUACGUGGUUGAAUAAACAGUUCUCUUCUCAGGAU